UAUAGGGGGGAAGUGACACGGCAACUGCACAAAGCAAAAAAAGAAGACGUAGAGAGAAGGCAAAGGAGGGUGGGGGUCUGUUCGGAGAGAAGUCAAGGUCCAGGACGUUGCUCAGAACCGGAAAGAAGUAUGGCAGUGUGGGAUCUGUCUGUCAUGGUGGAAGAGUUAGGCCCUGAGGCUCCUCCCCUCACUGUCAGUGUGACCUCUGACCUGCACAUAGGCGGGGUCAUUCUCAAAAUAGUGGAAAAGACACAGAUAAAGAGGGACUGGUCAGACCAUGCCCUCUGGUGGGAGCAGAAACAGCAGUGGCUGCUGCGCCCCGCAUGGACGCUGGAUAAGUGUGGGAUCCAUGCCGACGCCCGGCUGACUUUCACCCCGCAGCACAAGCCCCUAAGGCUGGGCCUGCCCAACGGGGUGACCCUCAAGCUCCGGGCCUGCUUCUCCAGUCCUGUCUUUCGCACCGUCAUAGGCCUCUGCAGAGUGCUGAACAUUCGCCGCCCUGAGGAGCUGUCUCUGCUGCGGCCGGUGGAGGAGAAGAAGAAGAAGAAGGAUAAGGAGCCAGAAGAAGAAGUGUAUGACCUCACUGGAGUACCUCUGACCUCAGGUUCAGUGCCGAGUCUGUACAACGGCAUGCCAGCUCACUUCGCAGACUCCCCCCAGACCGAGGCCGUGUACAAGAUGCUGUCCUUCACCCAGCCUUCUCCUGCCCCUGAGACCAUUGCCAAGAUGUACCGCCCUGCCAGCGUGGUGGAUAAAGCACACAUCCACAGCAGGUGGCUGGACUCGUCUCGGUCUCUGAUGCAGCAGGGAGUGCAGGAGAAUGACAGACUGUGUUUGCGAUUCAAAUACUACAGCUUCUACGACCUGGAGCCCAAGUAUGAUGUGGUGCGUCUCACUCAGCUGUAUGAGCAGGCUCGCUGGGCCGUUCUGCUAGAGGACAUUGACUGUACAGAGGAGGAGAUGAUGCUGUUUGGUGCCCUGCAGUACCACAUCAGCAAAGUGUCACAGUCUGAGCCCCCACCCAUGACAUCCUGCCCAGCGAUGGACGAUCUGGACUCUGCUCUGCAGUCCCUGGAGGUCAAAAUGGAGGGAGAGAGCAGCUCCAUGGACAUGCUGGAAACCAUGACCGCCCCAGAGCUGCAUGACUACUUGAAAAUAUUCCGACCAAAGAGGCUGACUCUGAAAGGCUAUAAGCAGUACUGGUUUAUAUUCAAGGACACCUCCAUCUCCUACUUUAAGAGCAAAGAGGAAGGUUUUGGGGAGCCCAUACAGCAGAUGAACUUAAAAGGCUGUGAGGUGGCUCCAGACGUCAACGUGGCUGGCCAAAAAUUCUGCAUCAAACUGCUGAUCCCAGCCCCAGAGGGCAUGAACGAGGUCUACCUACGCUGCGAAAACGAGAAGCAGUAUUCCCAGUGGAUGGCCGCAUGUCGCCUGGCAUCCAAAGGGAAGACGUUGGCGGACAGCAGUUUCACCAGUGAAGUGCAGAGCAUCCAGGCCUUCCUGUCCAUGCAGCGCUCCAACCCCAGUGCCCAGACAGCCCAGUCUGACGAGAGCAUCAACACACACAGCCUGGUCUCUCCCCGCUACCACAAGAAGUACAAGGCCAAACAGUUAACCCCUCGCAUCCUGGAAGCCUAUCAGAAUGUGGCACAGCUCUCCCUGACGGAUGCCAUCCUCAGGUUCCUCCAGAUAUGGCAGGCCCUGCCAGACUUUGGUGUGUCCUAUUUUGUGGUGAGGUUUAAGGGCAGCCGGAAGGAUGAGGUCCUGGGCAUCGCCAACAAUCGGCUGAUCCGCAUCGACCUGGGCGUGGGUGACGUGGUGAAGACCUGGCGCUACAACAACAUGAGGCAGUGGAACGUCAACUGGGACAUCCGACAGGUGGCCAUCGAGUUCGACGGGAACGUGAACAUUGCCUUCAGCUGCGUGACGGCAAACUGCAAGAUCGUGCAUGAGUAUAUCGGGGGCUACAUCUUCAUGUCCACGCGGAGUCGUGAGCAGAGCGACGUGCUCAAUGAGGAGCUCUUCCACAAGCUCACAGGGGGCCACGAGGCGCUCUGAGACCCCACUGGGGCCCCUGAACCCGACCAACACCCCAGAGCUCUCAAAACAACCAACCCCCAAUGGCACUCAAAAUGACCAUCCCCCUCUCUUUAAAGCAGCUUUCCCUUUGAGAGCCCUCAAAAUGUCUAACCAACCAGGGAACUCAGAAUGACAAACCCCUGUAGGGACCUCAAAAAGAUAGACCCUGCAGGUGCCCUCCAAGCAAUCUUUCUCCUGAGGUCUCUCAAAAGGAGACCCUACAACAACCCCCCUUUAAUCCCAGGCACCUCAGAAUUACCCCUCCACCCCCUGGUGUCCUAAAAACAACCCUCACUUCCCAAAUCCCUCAAAUUGACAAAUCAACAUCCCCGCUCCCAAAGUCCUCAAAUGGACCUCCCCAUGGGGUUCUGGGAUGUCUCAGCUCAGAGCUCCUCUUGUGUGCAGGCUGACCCUGGAGCCCCGAUUUGAAACCGGACACAACCUUUGCCAACAAUAACCUG